CCCUUCAGUUGAUUUCAGUUAAAACCAACUAAAACUGGAAACUUUCACCACUUUCACCUCAGGAAACAGAGUCCUCUGGCUGGAUAAACAUGAGCCAAUCAACAGGUUUCAACAUUGAGGACUUGAUUAAUGCUUCACCACUAAAUGGAGGUGGAGCAGCACAGGAGCCCAAAGUCGAACAGUUGUUGGGGACAUUGAGGAGGCUGCAACAAGGUCAAAGAGCCCUGGAAGAAGAAAUUAAGGAGAUCAAAUCUGUCAGCGAGUCUUUGCAGAAAGAGCUGACUGCUUUACAAACUGAAGCUUACCAACUGGAAGGAAUCCAAAAAGAGAAAGAAGAGUUGUGCAGGAAGCUGGAAUUCCAAUGUGAGGAGUCUGAGCAGGACUUGUCCAGGCAGUUAAAUCACAACAAGAAAAGUGAGGAAUUGCUCCAACAGUACAGAUGUGAAAUUCAGGAAUUCAAGCUUAAACAGCGGAAGAUGCGGAUGAAGUUUGAAAAUCAACUUCAUCAACUGAUAGAGCAGCAUAAAAAUCUGUACUCUGUCUUUACUCCAGAAAGGCUCCCAGAUGAAAUAGAGAGUGCUGAAAACACUAAAAGGCAGCUGCUAUCAGCUGAACAAAUGAAGUUGACUCAGCUUCACCACCUCAAUGAGGAGUUAGAGGAGAUGAAGAAACUGAAGCAGCCAGUUGCUAUAGCUGCAGAGUCUCAGCAGGAGUAAAACAGUCCGUUUAUAGAUAGUUAUAAAGACUCAGAGGUAACAAUUCCCAAUUUUCUUCCCAGUUAGAUGCACUUAGAUAUUUUCUUAUCAGGUGAAAAC